CAAAUCGGAGAAAAAAAAAAAAAAAAAAACAAGGAAGUGGACCCAUUGCGAUCUACCGCCGUAAACCAGUUUGUUUAAACGACUCUGUGACGAGAUACGCGGAGUCUCCAGCAAUACUCUGACCUCCUCCCAACUUCGAACCAGACCGCGACAAUGAACAACAAAGGGUCCUAUCCACAGCAGAGUGUGUACCCUCAGCAGAGCAACGCACCCGUUUACCCCUCUGCUAUGCAGAUAUCUCCUCAGGCGCCUCCUUACACGGACACGCCUCCCGCAUACUCUGAGAUCUACCAGCCCAGAUAUGUGCUUCCCCCUCAGGUGACCGGACAGGUGCCUCAGAUGUCCUCCCCCUAUGUCGGCACUCAGGUCUACAUCCCCAUGCAGCCGCAGAUGCCCGUCGGGCCGAUGGCCCAGAAUGUCCCCCUGGCGUACUAUCCCAUGGGGGCUGUGUACCCCCCUGGUUCCACAGUAAUGGUGGAUGGAGGCUUCGACGCUGGCGCUCGCUUUACAGCCGGCAGCAGCGUUUCCAUCCCACCCCCGCCACCCGGGCACCCCCCGAAUGCCGCUCAACUGGCGGCCAUGCAGGGUGCCAAUGUGGUCAUGACGCAGCGCAAGAAUAACUUCUUCUUGGGCGGCUCCAGCGGAGGUUACACCAUCUGGUAACGGCAGCUGCUCCUUCACACCUGCGCCCAAUCCAGUUCCCACCCCCUCUCCAACAUCACGUACCCCCCCCCCCUUCCUCCUUAGGCUGCUUGGCCACAAUACUGAUAUCACCUAAUGGAAUGUAAUGUUUUUGAGCCCUUGUGAAAGGUACAGUACUCCACUUGUAACCUAGCGAUCAAAUGACCAACGCGAGUAUUUAACGUCGUAGAAUCCAUCCCGUCAUCCUUCAUUGCGUCACGCUUUGGUUUUAGUUUAGGUCUUACCAGGUUCACGAGAAUGGUGGCCUGUGCUUCGACACUUGUGGAUCAGUAGGUUAGUGAGGUAGCUAAACUCCAUAUAUUUCACAAGAGUUAGGCUGUCUAUGGUAGCUUUUCAGAUCAGUUUAACAGAUUAAAAUAGGGAAAAGCAUCAGCGGCCAACCAAUCAAAUUAUUUAAAAAGAGCGCCACAACUCCAACUCGGUUAACGGCCUUUGGGGAGUUCUGCUAAAGUCUACGCAGGAGGCCACACCCACCCAGUCCCUCCCUCUCAAUCCCAAGGAAGUGUUUAAAAAAAAUUUCUCCCUCCCACAGCGAUCACUCCCAAUCCUGAGUGUAAAAAAAAGUAAAAUCAUAAAAAUCCAGUUCUUCUCCAGUUUUCUUCCUCAGUAUAAAAUUUGCAGUUUGUGUCUGGCUUAGUCGCCGUAAUACAUAAAUUGAAUCACCAAAAUGAUCAAAAAUAAAACAAAUUUACUCACAAAAGUUGUUUUAAUGUCUGAGUUUAGCAAUGGUUACCUCGAUGCUGAGGGGAAAAGUUCAAAUAAUGUGAAUAAAAAUUCAAUUAAAAUGCAUCGUGGGGCCCACUUCCGUCCAUUCCCCGUGACUCGCUCUCAAUGCCCCCCCACCAAAUUCUGCGAUUGUGAAAUUCACUCCCAUCUCCCGGGAAUCCCGAAAAAUGUCAACAUCUAGUCUACACCGGAGAUUCACAACUGGUCUCGCAGACUGCGCCAUGCUCAUUUUAAUAGACGUCAAACCAAAUUAUUGUUCAGAAUCAUUACAGAGCACACUACAAGGACCUGAGGAGUCAAAUUGAUGAUUAACAUGACACCAACUACGUAAGGCCACGAAAUUGGACAUUACCGCAUUGGAGCACAAACUGAGGAGGAAUGUGACAACUGCAAGUACAGAAGUGUAUGAAAUAUUAAAAGUAUAUAUCAGUACAAUAAAGGGCCACACUUGAGUACAUAUCACACACUGGAGUUUAUGUCCCUUCGUAUUGUCAAUGUAAAAUAAAUAAAUGUCCACAUUUGAUCAAGUCAUAUUUAUCAGGGCACGAACCUAAACCCUCUAAGAUGGUGCGUCUUUCCAAUGCUUGCGCAUCAGUUAAAAAUUAAAGUUAGCUGGGAUAGGCUCCAACACUCCCGCGAGCCUUGUGAGGAUAAGCGGCUUGGAAAAAGGAUGGACGGAUAGAUGGGUGUGUAUUAAAUCCAUUUUCAUUUUCUGUACCGCUUUACCACCCCGCAAGAGUCACUGGUGAGCCGGAGCCCAUCCCGGCUUCGUCGGAAUGAUUUUUGCCCGACCCGGUUGAGGAUCACCGCGCUGGUCUUCUGACCAAAAUGUCAGACUACAGUCAGGGUCUUAAAAAAAAAAAAAAAAAAAAAAAGACAGUAGGCAAUAUUUAGAGUUACAUUCAUGUAGUUUAUGAUAGUCAAGCUGCUUAAUGGUGAACGUGAAACGCAAUUACAAAGUUGAAUGCAAAAAAAAAAAAAUCCCCCCCAUCUUUUUUGUUUUUCUUCAAAACCUUUGUGUAGUAAACUAAUAGAUGUCGUAGUUCCAUGUAAAUACCGGUAUGACUAUCAUAAGACAUUGUCAAGAAGAAAAAAAAUACUUUGAGCUAGAUUAAACUUGUUUUACACACAGUGUAAAAAAAAAAAAAAAAAAAAUAGCAAGUAGCAUUUAAAGACCUUAACGUAAACAUUCUAGAAUGCACUUGCGCCAAAAGUGGUUUACUGUACCUUGUUGGGCAACUUGUAGAUUUAACAUAGUCAAGUGCCAAAGAGCACUGGGGAUCGUCCCCAUUUAUUGAAACAAAACGCUAAAAAGGAACAUGGAAAGAUAUUUAGUUCAUCCAAAUAUUGAAUUGACUUGGACAGGCUGGUUGGUGGAACAUUUGUAGCUUUUUCAUUUUCUUGUCGGAUACCCAGAGUUUAUAUACUAAAUGUCUGAAAUGUGCAUACUAGUUAUUUGAUUUUUUGUUUACUUGAAAAAAAGUCCCCUUUAGUGCUGGCUUCUAUUUGGCAUGUUUGAAAAGAUUCCUUGGUUUCCCUUUCAUGAGGACUGAUUAUUUUUAUUUUUUUUUUUUUAAACACGUGCUCUGAGUCAGUUGUACCAAAGAAAACAAUAUUUUGCAUCAUCCACUAUCAGUCAUGGUCAAUCUUCAAUCAGUCAAUCUUCAAACGAAAUUGUGAGUUGCACAUUAAUCAAAGCAGAGAUCCAUUAUUAAAAAAAAAAAACAAAUUCAAGAUAAGGGGUUGGUGGUUCUUUUUGUCAUCAUGGUUUUGUGUGCGUUAGGAAAACUGUGAAAUAUUGUGCGAACGGGCUUUGCUAUUUGCAUUAGUCACAGCUUAUUUAACAACAACUGGUCAGAAAACUCCUACCGGUGUUUUUGUAUGUUUGAUGACUAUUCUUUUUUUUUUUUUUUUAAAACUUAAUAUAAUGUCAAAUUAAUGUAAGGGUGCGAGGACAACUCCCUUGAAAUACAAGGUUAGAUUUGGGUAAAAUUGCGGGGAAUUUGUCAGAAAAUCUCAAAAGUCAUCCAGGAUUGGCCCAGUGGAGGCACGUGACCGGGCUAAGCCAAUCAAAAUGCAGUGAUGAAACCCCUUUAAACUUGUUCACUCACAGAUUUUCAUCUUCCCUUCUGGAGAAAACUUGACCACCUCUCCACUCAUCAUUAUGAUGCUACAAGAUAGGAUUAAGUCUAAAAAUAAAAAACAAUUACCAUGACAUUCGGGAAUCGAUAAUUUCUGGUGCCCGGCGCUCGUGUUUAUUAACAGAAUUGAACCAAAAUGCACAGAUGAGACUUUUUUUUUUUAAAUUCAGUCUGUAUGCUCCAAGUUAUGCAUUUUUUUUUUUUUUUAUGUAUCAGAACAGAAUUUUUUUUGCUGUUGUCAUCAAACUGGGUGUCCGACAGCGGUGUUCAAGUUUUGGCUGCUGUUGCCACAGGCCGGGGCAGAGGCAGGGGGGAACGCUCAUGGAUAGCAGUGUUGAUGACGCAGUUGAAGAAAUAAGGCAGCAAUAGCGGGGGUCUUUCAGUCAAAAGCGGGCCUACAGCUUCCAAAACUUGAACAGAACUCUUUAGCUUGUUUUUUUUUUUGUUUUGUUUUUUUUCCUCCCCCCAUAUGACAGUGGUGCCAGCAAUAUGAAGUACAUCGUGUACAAGUGCAGCAGUAAUGCCAACCACAACCAGACAGACUUCCUCUCUGUUGAAGGAUCACAGACAUUCCUGGUUCAGGGAUUCUCUUUCCGACAUUUUGUAAAAAGAAAAAAAAAAAGAAGAAGAAGAGACGCAACGCUAAAGCGACGACGGAUUUAUUAUGCACAUGUUCUGUCUUUCGAGAUGACUAAAGGAGACGAGUGUCAAUGACUUAGGUGCACUUAACUUUUUUAUACUAAACUUAAGAUUUAAAAAUGUAAGUUUAGAAUAAAGGUUAUUUUGGACAUUUGAGAAGUUUGUUUAAAUUUAUUCACAUGUAAUGUAUUCAAAUGGGGCACACUGCUAAAUAAAGUACAUUGUUUUUUGUAAUGUGAUGUGAUGUGAGCAUUAAUGUCUUCUUUUCAUUUGAUUUGCAUUUUUCCAGAUUGAAUGAAUGUUGCCAACGUUUUUAAUCAAGUUAACGUUUUUACAGCUUAAACAAAAACUGCAUGGCAGCAGAUUUGUGUCUCUCGCUAGAUUAUUACACAGGACAUUUUCAAUUCGAUUAGUAAUGGUAAAUAGAAAAAUGGUUUCAUGUACUAAAGUCUCCCUUGACUUCAUCAAAUUUUAGGCUAUAAUCGUAAAGACAAUCAAAUAAUAGAUUUCAUGGUGGUCUAAGGCAAAUGGAAUCCAAACAACAAAAGUAUGCAAAAUAUAAAAUAUGGUAACAACUUAAAUUUUGCCACAGCUUUGAUGAUUGAACCCAUUGAGAAAGUUAAUUGGUGGUGGCGGCGGCCCACUGGAAUGCAAUUCUUGCAUAAGAAUAAAAACAAAUUAGCUAAGUGCAUCAUAGCAACCAUGUUGAGUUGCAAAAGCAGUCCUGCUUGACAUUAUUGGCACCCCUACAUUUCACGGCGCCAUAUUGCCGGUCAAAAAGAGCUGCACAACAGUGUGGGGGACAUUGAACCGGAGCAGAAAAUUCACAAUGCCCGAGACUUGUUGUGCUGUUGGUUUUUACAAUAGACAAGACAGAGAUUCAAAGAGGUCAUUCUAUAGAAUACCAUCUGAAAAGACCAGAAAAGAUCGAUGGAUUUUGGCAAUUAAACGUGAUGGAUGGUGCCCAACCAAAAUACACACACACACACACCUGUGUAACAAUCGCUUCAUUUCCGGUAGGAAUUAUUAUUCUCAAUAUCAAAUUACCAAGAAGUAUUUAUAAUGCCAAGGUGGCCCGUUUAAGAACAAAAAAGAAUAGAUAGGGAGUAAUAUCCAACGUACACGGAAGCAUGUUGCAGCCAAGCCACAUUUUUUUUUUAAAUAUACAUUGUUCUCAAAUGAGUCCAAUGCAUAUUUAAAAAAAGAAAAUAAGCCAUCGGUCACACAGGUUUAAGAUAAGUUAACGUGUGGCCGCAAC